AUGAGUGUUCUAAUCCAAUGCGGUGGUAGGAAAGAAAAAAAAGCGAAUACGUCGGCGAAGGAGACGAUGAAGAAGAAAGCGGCUCCGACGCCCCCGAAGCUGAGUCCUGACGUAUUCCCAGUAGCUGCUGAUGAAGUUGUCUGCUCGAAAGAAAAGGGUUCGAAGGAAUCGAAAGAAGCUUCUCAUGAUAAGGAAGAUGUGUUGUUGGUGAAUCCCGAAAAUCAUGGACGAGACGACAAUAAGGUGGCGAAAGUCGUGCAGCCAAGUGAAAAAGAUGAAUGA